GGGCUUCGUCCCCGUCCCCGCCCCCGGCUCCUCUCCUCAACUCGGCAUGGAGGACCGGGGGGGCGGCGGCCGCAGGGAGAGACCGAGAGCCGGAGAAGCGGAAGAAGGCGAGGAGCCGGCAGAGACCGCGGCGGGAGAGGAGGAGGAGGAGGAAAAGGCGGCGGCGGGAGUGACCGUGACGAUUACGGAGCCAGAAGGCGGCGAGGAGGAGGACGAGGAGGACGAAGGCGAGGCUGAGGAGCGGGACACGGAGUGGAGCUUCGUCGACAUGGAGACGGUGUCCCUGCGCGAUCUGCCCACGGCGCUUAUCGCCUGCAACUUGCCCCUGCCCGUCUUCUUCCCCGACGGCCCCAGCAAGGCAAGAUUUGAAGCACUCUUUAGAACAUAUGACAAAGAUGUCACAUUUCAGUAUUUUAAAAGUUUUAAAAGAAUACGGAUAAACUUCAGCGACCCUUUGUCAGCAGCUGACGUUAAAAUUCAGUUACACAAGAAAGAAUUUCUUGGAAAGGAAUUGAAACUGUAUUUUGCUCAGACUUUGCAUAUUGGAAGUUCACGCUUAGCACCACCAGAUCCUGAAAAACAAUUUCUGAUUUCACCUCCGUCUUCUCCCCCUGUUGGUUGGACUCAGUCUGAUGAUGCUACACCCGCCAUUAACUAUGAUCUUUUAUAUGCGAUCUCCAAACUAGGACCAGGGGACCAGUAUGAACUUCAUGCUGCAACAGAAACUACUCCCAGUGUUGUUGUCCACGUGUGUGACACGAAUGAAGAACGUGAGGCAGAAGCAGAGAAAAGAGAGGCCAAGAGAGCAAAACCCAAACCAAAAAUUAUUCAAACCAGGAGGCCAGACUAUACUCCUUCCUACCAAAGUUGAACUACGUAGAGCUUUGAAAUGUUCCAAACUUGCAUGCUCAAGGGAGACAUUGAGGAAAUGACGUCAUAAAUCUGAUGACAUUAGGGGUGGAAGCAGCAAUUCUAACGUACAGAUGUUUUAAGAAAGGGAAUGUCUUCAUUUGUUUGUUUUAAUGCUGCACGUUGGCUGACAAGACCAAUCCCAAAAUGAACUUCUGAAUGGUUGUCCUGGAGAAUGAUUAAAUAGUGGCAUUGGGGCAAAAAGCAUGUACUGUUGUGCUUUAGGGCUAUUUUCAGAUACUCCAGACUUCUGUUACAAAGCAGCUGAGGAUGCCUUCCCUGUUUAUGUAUGUCCCUGAUAAAGUCCUCCAAUUCAUAAGUUAGCAUGACUGCCAUUCUAAAAUACACUCACUGAUAAAUACACUCCAUUGGAAUCAGUAGGGCAUACAAGUAAGUAUGUUAGAGAUUGCAGCUUGUAUAUAACUUAUGGUGGUAAAGAGAUGGUUUUAAUGCAAAAGGGUGAUGUCCAACAUUAGUCAUAACCCAAGUUGACCCAUUGAAAUCAAAAUCAGUGGACUUGAUAUGUCUACUCUGAGUAUGACUAACAUUGAAUAUUAACCACAGUAAUAUAUAUUUAAUCAUUUUUCCUAUUAGAUUUUGUGCAUGCCUGUAAAACUUGAGAAGUUUAACUUCCUCUGCAUUUUCCAGUUUUACAUUAUCCCAAAUACUGAUAUCUCAGUUUUCCUUCUGAAUUAUGUUUGUAUUGGCAUUAAUUUUUCACUGGGGACAGAUUUUUAGUGAAGUUUGGUGCAAUAUCAAUUUUUAAUGUUAACUGCCAAUGCAUGGUUUAUCUAGAAAACCUAUAAAACACUUGUGCACAUUUUAAGUGGGUUGAUAAUUUUAAAUUAUUCUAAAUGACAUUAUUUAAUAUUGAUUUAAAGCACCUUGACUUCUUUACCGAUCAGAAGUACAAGAAACCUGCAGAUAAAGCUGAUACUGUGUUGUUACAGUUCACAACUGAGAGAGACUAUAAGUUUGCCCUUGCCACAAACUUGUAAAUUUAUAACUGUUGGUGUCUAAAUGUUGUUAAUGGUGCUUGAGCACAUCUAGUGUGAAAACAAAUGUGAAAUGUGGCAUUUGCGAAGGUUGGAGUGCCUUUUUCUCAUGAAUUCCUGGGAGGAUUGUUGCACUAGCUGUAAGAUUAUUUAAUUUUUUAACCGGCAGUGGAUAUUUGAUAUAACUAUUUUCUGCUAAAGCAUCAUCAAAUAAGGUGUGUUAUAUUUCCCAUUGUUUGAUGCAGAGCCACAAUGCUUUUUCUUCUUCUCUUUUUAGUGCUUUGUGUCUGAGCAGCAAUUGAUUAGCUACUGCUAAAAGUCUAGCGGUAAAUGGUGUUCAAGCUUUUUUUUGUACGAUAUUUACAAGCAAAAUUUACUGCACAGUGACAUCCCACUUGAAGUAUUUCUAGGAGUUUUCUUUUAGAAUGGAUUACUGAAAUGAAUUUUAAAAGGCUUUUAAAAAUAAACAUUUCACAAUUUGUGAUGUCUAAGCAAAGGUGUUUUCUCUGUGUUUUUUUCCUAAUGUGAGGGAUUUCAUGCUGCUUGUACAUUUCUAGAAACUAUAAGAAGCUGGAUAUUUCCAUACAGAUGUCAGUGGGAGCUCUGUUUUAAGAGAACCUGUUCUGUCAGAGAAAUUUUAAUGAGAGGUUUUUCACUAUGAGGUGUACCAUCCUUCUUGGAACAGAUGUAGCCAGGAUAGUAUAAAUAGCUCGAUUAAGUCAGCAGUACAGAGUGUAAUGUAUUUGUAAUAUUCCAAGAUGUGUGUUUUUAAAAACUAUGAAGCCCAUUCAAUACAAAGACAAAUGAAACAAUAGUAUGUAUUUGUUUUCUUUCAAAGGGCAGCCAAAAAGCUCCAGGAUGUCAUGCUGCGGAUCUUGAUUGUAUUACUGUCAUUUUCUCAUACUGUAUAAACUGCUCCUAUAUUUGUAAAUGUUUUAAAUACCCACUCUACAGACCAGUUAAGCUGGAUAACUAUUUAAGGUCAUUUAAACUUACAAGUAAAUGCUGUUGAGGUCA